AAAUGGACGCAUCACGUCCGAGUCCGACGGUUAUUAUUGCUCCCGAUGCGGAUUCGAACUUUAGCUUCUCAUCAUAGUUCCGCCUUGUUUUAACGGCGUUUAUUUCCCCAAACUGUCUUCAAAUACCACAUUUUUCUGAGUUUUUGCGCUUCGUACGGUGAUUUUUUAGGUUUAGAAUGGAGUUUGGGUUUGUGGACUGUCACUGUCAUCUGUCAGCCCGGGAGUUUGAAGAGGAUCUGGAUGAUGUGAUUCAGCGGGCAGUAGAGGCUGGAGUUCAGACUCUGAUCACAGUCACAGAAGAGGUCGGAGAGUUUGACAGAGUUCUACAGUUACAGAAACGGUACCCGGACCUGGUGGCUCCAGGUUUUGGGGUCCAUCCUCUUCAGGCUGGUGGGUCGUCCCAGUGUCGCAGUGUGAACCUUCAGGAUCUGGAUGCUGCCAUGCCGCUGUUCUACCAGCACAGAGAACGUCUGGUCGCUGUCGGAGAGAUCGGGUUGGACUUCACGCCCUGGUUCGCUCCGACUCGGCAGAACCGAGACGACCAGAUGAGUGUCUUCAUCAAACAGCUGCAGGUGGCCAAAGAACUGGACCUACCAGUGAAUGUCCACUCGCGGUCGGCUGCUCAGGUUACCAUAGCGACCAUGCGUGAACACGGUGGGUGGACCUUCAGGGGCGUGGCCAACACAAACAUGGCUGACUCUAACCAACCCUGUGGCGUUUCCUCAGGGGUCCAACGAGCGCUGCUUCACAACUUCGCAGGGAAACCGUCGGUGGCGCUGGAGGGAGUCAAGGACGGAUAUGUGUUCUCAUUUCCACCUGCAGUCUGUAGAAACACACAGAGGGAUAAACUGAUCCGACAGAUUCCACUGGAACACAUUUGUCUGGAAACAGAUUCUCCUUCUCUGGGUCUGAACAAACACGAAAGAAAUGAACCCAGCAGCAUCACAUCAGUUUGUAAAUACAUCGCAGACAUUAAAGGCCUGACUCCUCAGAUGGUUCAGGUGGUCACUGCCCACAAUGCCUACCGACUGUUCCCCAGAGUUAAACAACAGCUACAGACUGUUCCCCAGAGUUAAACAACAGCUACAGACUGUUCCCCAGAGUUAAACAACAGCUACAGACUGUUCCCCAGAGUUAAACAACAGCUGCAGACUGUUCCCCAGAGUUAAACAACAGCUGCAGACUGUUCCCCAGAGUUAAACAACAGCUGCAGACUGUUCCCCAGAGUUAAACAACAGCUACAGACUGUUCCCCAGAGUUAAACAACAGCUACAGACUGUUCCCCAGAGUUAAACAACAGCUACAGACUGUUCCCCAGAGUUAAACAACAGCAGCAGACUGUUCCCCAGAGUUAAACAACAGCAGCAGACUGUUCCCCAGAGUUAAACAACAGCUGCAGACUGUUCCCCAGAGUUAAACAACAGCUACAGACUGUUCCCCAGAGUUAAACAACAGCUACAGACUGUUCCCCAGAGUUAAACAACAGCUGCAGACUGUUCCCCAGAGUUAAACAACAGCUACAGACUGUUCCCCAGAGUUAAACAACAGCUGCAGACUGUUCCCCAGAGUUAAACAACAGCUGCAGACUGUUCCCCAGAGUUAAACAACAGCUGCAGACUGUUCCCCAGAGUUAAACAACAGCUACAGACUAUUCCCCAGAG